AUGUAUCACUUCUACACAAUUUUUAUAUUUUUGCUGGUAAAUACAUUUACAUUAUCGCAAUUCCUGGAUAUAAUUCUGACUGUGGACAAUCCAGAAGAAUUCAUGGAUAAUUUCUACAUGCUGCUCGCUAUGAUCGUCUCCUGCUUUAAAAUGUAUAGUUUGCUGAUGAAUCGUAAAAAUAUUGUGAUGUUGACAAAUAUUCUCACGAAAGAACCAUGUGCACCUCUCGAACCUGUAGAGGUGGAAAUACGACAGAAAUUCGACAAAGUCAUCGAGACGAACACUUUACAUUAUGCGAUUCUGGUCGAGCUGACGUGUGCGUCCACGGCGAUAGCAUCGUUAUGCACGGACUAUAGAAAGGAAAAGUUGACGUUCAGAGCGUGGUUACCGUAUGACUACUCGUCGACGACGCUUUUUCACAUUACAUAUUUCCAUCAGCUGAUAAGCCUGACAAUCGGAUCUGUUUUGCAUGUCGCCUGCGACGGACUCAUAUGUGGGCUAUUGUUGCAUAUCUGUUGCCAAAUAGAGAUACUGAGUUAUCGUUUAAAAAAGAUCGCACGCGAUCCAGAAGUGCUUCGAGACUGCGUUAUUCAGCACAACCUCAUAUUCAAGUUUGCCCUUCGGAUGAACAAAAAGUUCAGAUUCACUAUUACCUUUCAGUUCAUGGUGAGUACGCUGGUGGUGUGCUUCACUUUGUAUCAAUUGAGCAAGACGAGAGCAAAGUUUGUCGAAUUAGGCAUGUACAUGUCGUGUAUGUUGACGCAAAUCUUUUUAUAUUGCUGGUACGGGAAUGAAGUCAAACUAAAGGGGCUGCAAUUAAUUAACGAUAUAUUUCAUAUGGAAUGGCUCGCGCUGAAACAAAGUGCAAAAAAGAACUUGCUAAUAAUCACGAGACGAAGCACGGUGCCUAUCGAGUUCAUUAGCGCCUAUAUUAUUCCUAUGAAUCUCGAAUCAUUUGUGGGUUUACUCAAAACAUCGUACUCAACUUACAAUAUACUUCAGCAAAUGUAA